ACGGUGACGUCGGCGCAUUCAACCAAUCAGAGACAGCCAUAGGAAAGAGGCACUCACUGCACAGCAUUAAUGCUGUCUUCACGUGCUCUCAGAAGGAAUUUUCAGAAAUAUGUGUUUCCUUGAUUUAAAAAAAAUAAAAUAAAAAAAUGCACAUGACAUUUCAUGUCGAAACUUGAAUGCGAUAAGCUCGUAAAUCACGACUUCAGAAGUGGGAAUUAUCAAAUUUCAUGUAAAGGCGGCAUAACAUUAUCAUUUAUAUCUAGAUUGUUUACAUUGAAACUAAAUUAUUUAAUAUUAACGAACAACACAUUGUUUUUGGUCCUUGUCAGUAAAGAAAAAUAAAAAUCCCACCACCAAGAGUUAUUCUGUGAAUUGGCCCAUGCAAAAUUGCGAAACAAAAGGACGGAUUUGGGAUUAAAAUGCAAACUCUGGAAUCCUGAAUGAAUGUUAAACCUGGAGGUUUAAUACUGAGCAGCCUCAGUGACGUGUGCAGCCGACAAAUGCGACCUCCGGAGGUAAAACAACACAAACGUCCUUAGAUGCAACGUGUGUGUGUAUAAACGGAAUCAAAAUGCUAAUUAAUGAUUGCUUAUUAUUUCCUAUUGAAGCGCAAUAUGUAAACACCUUAAAUCGUGACCACUAUCUGUUUCACGUUUUAUUCCUGUAUACAACUGGAGCGGAAACGAUUAUGCGUGAUUGAGUGUUAGCAAACGCAUCUCGACGUGCAGCCACUGCUGGCUGUCCUCUAAUCUGGCCUGCUGUAGUCUGCUUCAGUGACUCGGUUAUUUCGUUCAUUUUUGACUGACUGUUGGUCAUGAUGUUACCGUCGUAAUGGAUAAAAACAAAGCAGUCAACAUCAGCAGCACGCCGGUACUGGUGCAACAGUGCAGGAGCAUGCAAAUAAUGGCCAGCCAUGACCCACUGUAGUGUUGGAUGGAAGGAUGACACAGAGGAAACCAUGGAGAAAUACCUUCCCAGAUAUGUCCCUUUCUUUACUCUGCUGGCACUGUCAGGAUUCCUAUUCCUGCUUUGGAGUAUCACCUCGUUGGAAAGCUGGAACUGUCAGACAGUAUCUACUUUUUAUCAGCUUCAAAACAGCAUCCAGUCAGUCUUGAAGACUUCUGAAUUUUUUCUGCCUGUGGAGUUCAACUACUCAUUCUGCGCCCACCUGGGCCAGGAGCCCUCCGGAGAGGAAGCCAGGGAGGAGAGCUAUCUUCUCAAAUCCAUCGCCUGGCCAGAGCCAUCGAUCCUAGGACUGCCGUUGCGUCAAAGUAGCGAUCCUGCACAGAGCUAUUACAGUAUCCAAGACCCUGGAGAGCUGCAGGUUGGUGGGCAGCUGGUAGUGAAAGUACAGAUGCACAACUUUUUGGGCCAGCCCAAAAAACACGGAGGAGACUUCCUAGUAGCGCGACUUCACACACCAGAGCUGGCGGCAGGCGUGGCUGGGCAGGUACGCGACCACGGCAAUGGAAACUACACUGUAUUUUUCCCGCUGCUAUGGGCAGGUGUUGUGCAGGUGGAGCUGAUCAUGAUUCACUCCAGCGAGGCCGUGAUGGUCCUCAGGCGACUGAGAGAGGAGCAAUCAGACCGGGUGUUCUUCAAGAGCCUCUUCCGCUCAGGGUACCUCUCUGAGACCACUUUGUGUAAUUUGUGCCUGCCGGUCAAACAACAGCCGCUUUGCAACUACACAGACCCACAGACCGGAGAACCCUGGUUCUGUUAUAAGCCCAAGAUGUUGGACUGUGAUACACGGAUCAACCACUCAAAAGGGGGGUAUAAGAAACACCUUCUCACUGUUUAUGAGUCACAGUUCUUCCAAAGUGGAGUAAAUAUCAAAAUCCCAAUACAUCCUGCAGGGGUGGAAAAUGUGACUGUUAUACCUGCUUCUAAAGUACGAACCAAAGGGAUGCACCUUAAAUUCACUCCUUCCGGGUACUACUACCAGGGAUCAUGGAGGCCGUCGAGCGGUGUCGUUAUGCGUCAGUUUAAUGCCUCUUCAGUCAUAACCCAGUGUCUUAGAGGGAAAAUGGUGUACAUGUAUGGAGACUCCACUGUGCGACAGUGGUACGAGUAUCUCAUUGCCCAUGUUCCAGAAUUGAAAGAAUUCAACUUUCAUAGCCCGAAGAAUGUUGGCCCAUACAUGGCUGUCGACAGCAACCACAACAUACUGUUGAGAUACCGCUGCCACGGUCCGCCGAUCCGCUUCACGUCCGUGUCCUCGGCUGAGAUGCACUAUAUCUCAAAUGAGCUAGACGGCUUAAGAGGGGGCUCGGACACGGUGGUCAUGAUUAGUAUCUGGUCACAUUUCAGCACUUUCCCAGUACAGGUGUACAUACGGCGCCUGCGCCACAUUCGCAGGGCGGUGAUCCGACUGCUGAACCGAGAACCAGCUACUUUGAUCCUGAUCCGCACAGCCAAUCUCCAGAAACUGGACCCGGAGUCCAGCUUGUUCAACAGCGAUUGGUUCUCUCAACAGCUUGACGCAGUGCUCCGAGCCAUGUUUAAAGGUCUGAACGUCCAGUUGGUGGACGCUUGGGAGAUGACACUGGCCCACCACCACCCUCAUCAGCUACACCCUCCACCUGACAUUAUAUCAAACAUGGUUAACUUGAUCCUUUCCUACAUCUGCCCAGUAAGGAGAAAGAGAAGGCGGGGCUAAUGGAAGGCUAAACUUCUCAAGCAUUAAGUUAUAUUUUUGGCCUUAGUUCACCCUCACCCUUCAUUCCAAUCCAGUAUGGCUUUAUUUAUUCUGCAGAAAAAGAAAGAAAAACAUACAGGUUUGGAAUGACAUGAAGGUGAGUAAAUAAUAGAAUUCUGAAUGAUCUCUUUAGGAAAAGAACCAAGCCAUCAACUCAAAGGCUGCAACCAUAUAAAAAUGAAGGAUUCAGUUGUGUAGUCAAUUUGUAAAAACACAUUUAGAGAAAUAAGUUCAGAUAAUUACAGAAGGUAUAUAAGAGUAUUAUGAACUGAGUGCAACAUCUGUUUCUGUGCCUUGGUAAACAGUGAUUGCAUUAACUGGUCAUUAUCCGUCCAUCAAGCUUACAUGUUGGCCGUAUGUGGUCAUGUGAUGUUUGGAAUUUGACAAGUAUGAAAGAGCAUGCAGGCCUGCAAGGGGUGUCCAAUAUCAUGCAGAGAAAUAAAUUAUACUUUGUUGCUUA